AUGACUUUUUUGAAUUGCAAUAUACAGUGUCAAAUAUAUACAAUCCUUCACAAACAUUUUUUUCUGUCUCCCUCUGUUUUUUCUUUUUUCUUUUUCUCUGUACUCAGUUCAGUUUUUUUUUUACUUUCUUCACUUUUUAUUUUCUGUUUCUCUCUCUUUCUUUAUCAUAAUGAUCUUUUGCUUCUUUUUCUUACUUUUUCAUUGCAUUUUCCCUGUUCUCUCUUUCUUUCUUUCUCUUUUUAUAUAUUUUUUGUUUGUAUUAAUGUUUCUCGAUUUUUUUCUGCAUUCUCUCUGUGUCUAGUUUUCUUUCUCUUUCAAUUUAUCUUUAUUUUUCUUACUCAUAAUUCAUUCAUUCUUUCUUUCUUUCUUUCUUUUCUCCUAUCCCCUCAUUUAAUUUUCUGUUUCCAUUUUUUUGUUUCAUUUUUAGCUUUUCUUGCUAAUUUUAAUCUUUUAAUGCAUUUUCCUCUUUUUCCUGUUCUUUUUUAUUUCUUCCCUUUUCUCUUUUAUUUCUUCUCCCAAACUCUUUUCUUAGUUUCUGUCUUUCCUUUCCCAUCCUUUUUUAGACCCUUUUUUCUUUAUCUCUUUUCUUCCUCUCCACUUCUUUCCUUCUAA